CUGCAAUUCUGGGAAGGCGGUCGGUUGGCUCAUCGUGCGAAAGGCGGCCGCCCCAGCUGUGACUCAGUGCGAGGAGAUUGGAAUUAGUGACGCUACGCAACGGCAAAGGCGGGGCACCGGAAAACCCGGGAGCAGCGCAGCCACGGUCCAGUAUGGGCUUUUUUAUGUCUAAAUCCAUGGAUGAAAGCCUAAAGAAACAGCAAGAGUUCAUGGCAGCAAACAGUGCUCUCCAGCUGGAGAGGCAGAUGUUGAUGCAGAACGAGAUGAGACAGAGGCAAAUCGCAAUGCAAAUUGCCUGGUCCCGUGAAAUAAUAAAGUACUUUGGAACUUUCUUUGGACUUACAACAGCUGGUUUAACAAUAGGAGCUAUGAAGAAGAAGUCACCAAAACUUCUGGUCCCCAUUAUUCCCCUGAGCUUCAUUUUCGCUUAUCAGUAUGAUCUGGCCUAUGGAACAUUAAUGUUGAGAAUGAAAGAUGAGGCAGAGAACAUCAUUGAUACAGAGCAAGCAGUACUUGGGAUGCCAAAAGGGGUGCCAACGUUUGAAACCAUCGAAAAAGCAAGGAGGGCUCGGACUCCAGUUUUCAUGCAAAAGUAGACUACUAAAUAAAAAAAAGACCCAAUGGAUUGAAGACAAAGAACGUAUGAAUGGUACACAUUUGUCCCUGCAACUGUCUGUUGAAUCAUCCUGUAGUUUUUAUCGUAAUAAAUUGUUCUUUCUUUAAGAAA